UUCACUUUGAACCCAGACAUUGCACGCAAAUACCAAGGGAAAGAUCUGCAGCUGCUCGGUUACACACAAAACGAAGAGAUAUUUUGUUGCAUUUGCAACAAUGGUGAUGGCUAAGCGAGCAGGCCAAAUGCUGGGAGCUGCUGGAGCAGGGCUGGGGUAUCGGGCAGGGGGCAUCCGCAGGGUGGGCCGGGAAUGAGAUCUAACCUGGGCCAGCCGCCUGCUGAGAUCCCGGAUCGCCUCCUUGCAGGUCGGAUACACAGGAGGGGGGCUUGGGGGUUUAGACAGGCUCUGGGUUGGCGUCGUAUUUGAAGAGGGUUUCAAGUGCCUGGCGCAAGGACAGUUUAUAACUCCCGAGCUGAACCGUGCAUUUGAGUUUUCAGGCUAUUCAUCCGUUGUGGCCUCUCGUCGGGCGUUUAGGUUUUGUUUGUUUACUUGUGUUAAGGAAACAAAAUGACCACAGACGUGCAAAAUCCCAACGAUCCCUAAGGAAUUUACAGGAGCAAAAGAAGGCGAGAAGGAGGCUCUGGCACUAACAUGGCAACGCGCCACAAGAAGCAAACCUGGCAUAGAGUCUGUAAAGACUUCAGAUACUAAUUUGUAGGAAAUGAGAGAGAAAAUAUUUGUAGAUUUCCCCCCCCCCAUUUUUGCAAUCCUCCAUUUUAUCCAAACAUUUUUAAAAAUGGCAAAUUCCAGACUCUCAAGAUACCAGAUUUCCACUUCUUCAAAUAAGAAAGAUUUGCAGAACUACUAGAACGUGGUUGGAUCUGGAAAGAUUAAGAGUCCCUUCUGAACUGCCCCAGACACUAUGGAUUCUAUCAAGAUGUCCUGCAAGGCUGUCCUCAGGCGAGGCAGUAAGAGGCAGUGGAGCUGGCCUCGGCACUGGGAGAGGCUGGAAUUCCUGUCUCUCUGUGCUGAAUGGCUGCGAUGGCGCCCGCUCUCACUGACGCAGCAGCUGAAGCUCACCACAUCCGGUUCAAACUGGCUCCCCCAUCCUCCACCUUGUCACCUGGCAGUGCCGAGAACAACGGCAACGCCAACAACAUCCUUCUCACUGCCAACGGCACUAAAAGGAAAGCCAUUGCUGCAGAGGAUCCCAGUGUAGAUUUCCGUAAUAACCCUACCAAGGAGGAGCUGGGCAAGCUGCAGCCACUGGUGGCCUCUUAUCUCUGCUCGGAUGUAACAUCUGUUCCUUCAAAAGACCCUUUGAAGCUACAAGGAGUCUUCAACAAGCAGACAGUUCUUAAACCUCACCCUCUCUUAUCUCAGUCCUUCUUGAAAACAAGCGAUCUGUUGGGGAGACAGCCAGUGUUGGAGUUUUCUUUGGAAAAUCUAAAAAACAUGAAUACUAGUGGUCAGCCACCUCUUCCACAAGCACCUGUGAAUGGCUUGGCCAAGAAAUUGGCUAAAAGUACCAAUUCAGACCAUGAAAACUCCAGUUCACUUAAUGGCGGGAAGCGUGCUCCCCUCUCGGCCACCCUCCAGGGUGUUGACUCUAACACUGCAGGGGGUUCUGAAUCGGGGGACUUGAAGACGGGUUUGACCAAUUGCACUCUUCCACACAGAAGCCUUGAUGCUGAGCGCACAUCUCCAUUUAGCAAUAAUAGCACUGCAAACAAUUUGUCGCUUAAUUCUGCAGCGCAGCAGCGGGUGAUUGAAGGAAGCAGUGGAGAGAAUAGAUUAUCUGGUGUAGAUGCACAUUCUGAUUUUGGGAGCGGCAAGACAGAGGAGCAGAAGUCUCCUCUGUCGGCUAGUCUCUUCAGUGCCAUGGACUCCGAUUUGAGGACAAGGGCAGUGUUACGGCGGCAGGCAGACAUUGAGAACCGUGCUCGCAGGCUGCAGAAACGCCUGCAGGUGGUGCAGGCCAAGCAGGUAGAGAGACACAUCCAGCAACAGCUGGGUGGCUUCUUGGAGGAGACUCUGAGCAAACUGCCAAACUUGGACUCUCUGAGGCAUCGGAGCCAGCUGAUGCUCACCCGCAAGGCAGAAGCAGCCUUGAGGAAAGCUGCAAGUGAAACAAGUACGUCGGAAGGACUAAGCAGCUUCUUGAAGAACGACUCUAUUUCAGAGGAACUGGAGAGGUUUACAGCCAGUGGGAUGGCCAAUUUGAGAUCCAGUGAGCAAGCAUUUGAUUCGGAUGUCACUGAGAGCAGCUCAGGAGGGGAAUCUGACAUUGAGGAGGAGGAACUGACCAAAGCAGAACCAGAACAGCAUCAUGUACCACUGAGGAGACGGGCAGAAUGGAGAUGGGCAGCAGACCGAGCAGGUAUAGUCAGUCGCUGGAACUGGCUCCAAGCUCACGUCUCAGACCUGGAAUACCGAAUCCGACAACAAACAGAUAUUUACAAGCAGAUUCGUGCUAAUAAGGGGCUGAUAGUCCUUGGUGAAGCGUCGUCCCCAGAUACUGCAGUAGAUGAUGCAUCCCAUCCCCUUAGUGCCGAAGUUAAGCUGGAGCCCGGGACUGACAGACUGGGUGCUUCCAUUUCCCAGCCAGUAGUGAAUCUUGGUACAUCUGCUGGAAAUACUCCAGAAUCCCUUCCCUCCAAACCCUGUGGAGCGCUGAGACCCGUCAAUGGAGUUAUUAACACUCUUCAGUCUGGCUUGGCAGAACAUGCUCAGGGAGAUGGCACAGAUGUUGAGGAGCUGUUGCAUAAAAAGCAGCGACUGAACAUGGUCUCUGCUCCUUCUGAUGGAACCUGUGUAGCAGCUCGCACUCGCCCAGUACUAAGCUGCAAGAAGCGGCGGCUCGUUCGACCUAGCAACAUCAUACCCCUCUCCAAAAAGGUUCAUCGUAACAGCACGGUGCGAUGUAGCUGUGAUGUGAACCCGUUGUGUGCCAUCUGUGGCACUCGAAGCUCCAUAUCUCCGGAAAUCCAGUAUGAAGCCCCUUUGCUGGAGCGCCUCUCCCAGCUGGACUCAUGUAUUCACCCAGUUCUAUCAUUCCCAGAUGAUGUGCCGACGAGCCUGCACUUCCAGAAUAUGCUGAAAUCCCAGUGGCAGAGCAAGCCCUAUGAGAAAAUCAAACCUCCCAAAAAGCUCUCGCUCAAGCAUAGAGCCUCCAUGUCGGCCAGUAGCCUGUCUGACCCUGCUCGCAAGGACCGCCACAAACUGGUCAACUCCUUCUUCACUGCAGCCAAGUGCUCACAUCACAAAAUCCAACCAGACAAGGCACACAGGCAGCCCUUAGACGAUCUAAUGGCUGUGUCCAAGGCCAAGAGAGCGCCAGAGCGCUCACUUACCCUGCCUCCUGCACAUGACAAAAAGCAAUUGUGGGACUACUCACCUGAGAGACACGAAGUGUUAAAGCAUCACACGGAUGUCGGAGGCCCAAGCUACCUAUCAGCGACUGCAGCCUCUAUGCCCCACAGCCCCAUAGUGCGGCAGCUGUCCACAUCCUCUGAAAGUUCUGCUCCUGCCAGCACAAGUUCACAGGGCACUUCUAGCAUGUCUCAGCCGAGGAGGAGGAGAGGCGAAAGUUCCUUUGAUAUUAAUAACAUUGUCAUCCCGAUGUCUGUUGCUGCAACAACUCGUGUAGAGAAACUACAAUACAAAGAAAUCCUCACGCCUAGCUGGCGUGAAGUGGAUAUCAGUGCUCUGAAAGUGAACCCUGAGGAAGACAAUGAGGAGAUUGAGGACCUGUCCGAUUCAGCCUUUGCUGCUCUUCAUGCCAAGUGUGAAGAGAUGGAGCGGGCAAGAUGGCUCUGGAGCACCAGUCUGCCCCCUCAGCGGCGAGGCAGCAGGUCUUACAGAUCAGCAGAUGGUCGGACAACCCCUCAGCUGGGGAACCCCUCCACUCCCCAGCCACCAUCCCCCGAUGUGGGCAACUGCCUCUCCCCGCGCAGUCCCGUCAGCCCUGAACUGCACUCUGCCCCUCUCACGCCUGUUUCCCGUGACUCCAUGCGGCUCUUGUCCAGCGAGGACACCCGUUGUUCCACACCCGAGUCUAGUCUUGACGAACAGGCUGUGCAUCCCUGGGAGCGACGCUACUUCCCGCUCUCCUACAACCCCAAGACAGAGUGCGAGGACCCAUCUGAUCCCCAGGACCGGUUGUCGCGCUGCACCCGGCGCACGUCGGGCAGCAAGUCAUCCCGGGAGAUGGACAGCGCCCUCCCCUUGCCCGCCCUCCCCAGCCCCAAGAGCCGGAACCCAGCGGUGGCCGCUUCCGCAACAGCAACAGCAGUUCAGCGGCCGGCACACAGAUAGAGACGGACAGGAAGAAAUGAGCAAAACCAACACACAGAACUAACUUGGCAUUAAAGCUUCCGAAAUCUGCGUUUGAUAUUCAAACAUCCUGCCGGGAAUUUUCACAGUUUUUAGUGAAUUUAAGGAGUUUAGAAACUGUUUUUUUUGUUUGUUUGUUUGUUUUGGUUUUUUUUUUGUUUCGUUUUUUUUCCAUGUUUCCUUGUCACACAGUAAGAGCACCCCAGCUUCCUCCCAGCAGAGUGAAGUCUCGGGAGGAGAGCAGCCUGCCAGACACCCUUCCGCAACUCCCCCUUAGGUGUAUAACUCUAGAGCACAGGAUUUAGCUGACUAGCAGACUUCGGGGAUUUUUUUUCUCGAGCGAAAGGGGAUUUUUCUCUUACUCUCUGCUGCCUGCUGCCUCCUCCCCGAAAAGUUUUAGUGGAGUGAAAUUAGUGGUGAAAAGUGAUGUCUUUGGAAUGCAACCUCCCGCACUAGCUGUCUUUCCCCAUGUGCAGAGCUGAGAUCAGCAGUCUCUGCACCCCCACCCUCUGUCAUUUUGUUCCCUAGGUUGUAGUUCCAGGUAUUACCUCCAUGAUUCCCCCAGGCUGCCUGCUGCAUUGCACUGUAUUGCCCUUCAUUUCUUCCUUUCUCCACUCCUGCUUUUAGAGCAGCUGUUUGCUUCAUGAAGGACAAGCCUUCCUGUCACUUGGGGAAAGGAAGGCCACUCGUUAGCUGCUUCAUGCGCAGCUCCAUGUGGGAGAGUGAGAUUUCGGAAGCAGCCUUGUUCCGUUCACACCUUGUGUUUGUACUGGGUGAAGGGCAGGGAAGUGGGAGUCCAACCCAGCAUGUUCUGGUGCUUCAGCAGGAGCAGAGUUUAUCCUUUUGCUGGGCUCUGACUGCCUGUGGCACCAGUACACGCUUUGCUGCAGGAAAUGCAGUUCUGUUACCAACACUUUAAUUUCUCUUCCUGGUUUUUUACCCACCACAAUUAGAAAAUCUCAGGCUAGGUUAGCAGCUGGCCAUCAGAAUGUCACUUCUGUUGUUACUGUUACUGCUUAGAAAUCACGAUGAGCUGCAGAUGCCAGGAGUGUUCAGUUGGCAGGACUAGGACUCAGCAAUUCACCACGUGAAAUCUGUAGGCUGCAGUACAUAGGCUGCUAAUGUUUGUUUCGCUUAAAUUGGUUUGAUCUAUUUAAAAAAAAAAAGUCCUAAGAAAAAGCAAGUGUCAUGUGCUGCUCGAAGUCCAGCUCAGUAGAGCCUUGGCUGCUUGCUUAGGAAAAGAUCAGGACUUGUUUUUCACCACUGCUUAACUCCACUUCCACACAAAUUUUGAAAACAAAUGUUUAGUCAGUUUCAUUUUUGAGGACUUUUUGGUCUGAGGAUCAUAAAGUUUGACAGGUAUUUUAUUUUAAAAUGGCCCCACCGCUGCCCCCUCCCCCUCUAGAGACUCCUGGAUCCCACACACCGUUCCCAUCUGUAAUGUUUUCUGACCCUAGCGGUGUGGCUAUUGGUCCCGUUCCUGUUGUUAGCAUUGUGCCUGUCUUAUGUAUAAUCACAUCACCAAAAAAGGAAAAAAAAUACAAAGGACAUAAUUUUUUUUUUCCAUUUUGUAAUCGUAAAGAAAUAGUAGCUAAACUGCUUAAUGGUUGGGGUUUUUUCACAAUUUUCAACAUUAUCUAGUGUUUUUGGUUCUGUUCUAGUUUAAAGGAUUUGUCAUCGUUUCUUUAAAAAAAACAAAAACAAAAAAAAACAAUGCUACCAUAUCCCUUUGCAUAAGUGCUUUUCUAUUUAUAAGGUUGAAAAUUCUGAAUAACCCUUUUAGCAUUAUAAAAAAAACCACAAAAAAACCACCUUGUAUUUUGUAAAUAUUUUUCUUUUCCUGCUUUGAGCUGUGUAAUGUCCUUGUUCUAUAGAAACGCUUUUCUUCUGAGAAGCUGAUCUUUGUUAAUGUCCUGAUUCUGUUUGCAAAGCACAAAUGUGCUUAUAAAAAAAAAAGAAAAGAUUAAAAAAAAUUUAAAAAAUGUA